AUGGCGGAGCAGCAGCCUGCAGCCGACAGCCCCGUCGAGUUCUGCGUCUUCGUUAGGACUUUGUCCCACAAAACAUUUGCAGUGCGAGUGUCUCUGGAUGACAGUGUGUGGGAGCUUAAAGCCAAGCUGAACGCACGGGACUCCUCCCUGACCCCUGACGGGGGAAGGCUGAUCUACAAAAAGAGACAGAUGCAGGAUGACCUGACCUUGCGACACUAUGAAAUCACACCCAACUGCUUUUUGUACUAUAUAGCAACACUUCGAGGUGGUGGUGAAGAUGUCAGAUUUUCAGGAGAGCUAUCAUUGGCUGAACCUGUGCUCACCACUGCUGGGAAACUGCUGGUGCAUGAGGGAGAUCCCAGGGCAGAGGAGUUGCCAGUCAAUGAUUUUUCUGGCCUCUUCACUGAUGAGAGUGAUGCCUUUCUGGGCACCAGGCAGCAGCUGAUGAUCCCCUGCUGCUGCUUGCGAGGCUCCGAGGUCCCAUGCCAAGCUGCAUCGUGCUUCACUGAUCUUCCAGAAGUGGUGCCAGAGAUAACCCAAGACUUUUUCAAGGACCGCACCGUGUACCGAGCUCACCUCCCUGGUGGAGGCAUCUUCCAGUGCUCCAUCACAGGCCUCAGCUUCAAGGUGGAGUCGGCAGUGACCAUCACCUACAGAUAUGCCACCUGGACCAGUCACCUGAGCGAGGCUGACCAGGAAAUGUGGGUGCCCGCCGGACCCCUCUUCCACAUCGAGGUGCAGCCUGGGGUCGUGCGGGCAGUGCAUCUCCCCCACUUCAUCUGCCUGGCAGGAGGCGUAAAUCCCAGCCAGUGCUCUGUUGCCCAUUUUAAAUCUGGGAAGAUGACCCUGGAGAGACCAACCAGAGUGAUCGCUUUCUCUGCUAUCCUGGAGAAUCCCAGCUUCUCACUGCUUGGGGUGCUUUGGAGGAGGUUACGUUCAACCUUAAAUUUACUCCCUAUGCACUCCUUGGUGCUGAUCUUCCAGCAGCUCAGUGCUGCAAAUACAACUCUUCACCUCUACCUGAUCCCAGAUGACAACUCUGUGAAGCAGGCCAUUGAAAAACAAGAAAUGAAUUGGAAUUCAAAGCUUAUUCCCAAACCUCCUCCAUUCAACCCUCUGUUCUUCGGCUGCGUUUACCAGGUGACCAGUACGAGUUCCGUGGUGAUAACGCCUGAAGCACACUUGCCAUUUUGCUACAAGAGUCCUAAGGAACAGCAGCUCUUUGUCGAGAUUUACAUCAGGAAUAUGGCAGAAGAAAUUGGGCUCCUUCUGACAGACACACGCAAUGACACCGUGGUCUGGAGGGCAUCACUGAGAUCAGGUGAUAUUAGUCUUCCUGCCUGUGUCUCCAAGACCUUGUCAGGCGCAGCCUUCAUGAAGAAGCACAAGACCGAGCUUUGCUCUAGGAUGAGGCAGCUCUCCACCAUUCUGCUACACUUACGGGAUGCAAAAGUCAUCAACAGCGAUGAAGAAGAGGAGGUGCAAGGUCAAGAUACGAGUCACAGGAGGAGCCGAGUUUUGCUGGAGCUAACUGAGAAGAAAGGGCUGGAGGCCCAGGAGCAGUUCUACCAGAUCCUCCGGAUGAAAGACCCAUACCUCAUCGCAGACCUGGAGAAGUCCAGCUAG